AUGAACUCUUCCCUUCUAGAAGUUUUCUUUCAGGAGCGUCUCCACAAUAUAUUGAGCGGCAAGAAGCCUAUUUUGGCGGAAGCAUCGAAGAAGAGCCAGUUCCUUAACGAUAUAACUGGUACAUCAUCAUGGCAAACAGCGACAUGGUUGUUAUUGGGAAUUUGUAUGCUGCUUGCUGUCGCGCUUAUUGUUGCACUUCUUUAUCAGGCCUCGCGCAAGUGCAAAUACGAUCAAAUUCAUAACGCUGGCAAGUAA